UAAACCAAAAUUAGUUUAGACAGCACCGCUUCCCACACGACUUGGAUACGAACGGUCUUGUCGAGAAUAUUCCUGCAGUUCGAUUGCAAUACCUGUCAGCAGUCAGCAAGACAGUCUAACGGAAGCUUGCAAUGUCGGAGAAAAGCCUGCUGGUGGCAGACAGAACAAAGAGAUAUGACAUUCCUCUUGGUCAUCUAGACUAUGCCUAUAUUGAGACAUGUCGUGACGUCAAAGAACUAGAGAAGAUCUUGAUAAUCCUCAGGAGCGGUGAAGAGGGUGUCUACCCCGACCUUGAGAAAUCAUGUGAAGCACGGCUGGCAAGCUUGAAUCCAAAGAGUCGUGUACUGAGAAAGGCAGAUCCUUUACUGAAACCAUCAGAUCUAGAGAAGGAUGAAUGGAAUGAAAUCGACAAAGGACUGCAGAACUGGUCUUCAGCCAUGAAGUACAGGGAUGACUCAUUCAGCUCUAAAAAGAUUGUACCCACAAAACAAAAGGGGGAUGAGUUUGAUGACAGUGACCUUCCACCAAUCAGAUCCAAUGUAACAUCUAUUAACGGCACAGCUGUCAAUGGAACAGCUGAUCAGCCAAAACAGUCAACAAAUAGUAAUAAGAGGGUAAAACCAAGAGACUACAAAGAGUGGGAUAAGUUUGAUGUAGACAAAGAGCUAGAAAAGGUUGAGAAGGAGGAUGAGAAGAAAAAGGAAACAGUUUCAAAAGUUGUUCCUGAUAUUGAAAGCCAAAUAAAUGCUGCAGGCAUGUCAGAAGACGAGAAGAUGAUGAAGGCCACACGAGAAAAAGACAAGGGUAAUGAAGCGUACCGAUCCGGGGACUACGAGGAGGCCAUCUUAUACUACUCCCGCAGUAUAUCACUGGUGCAGAUAACAGCCUCCAUCAACAACAGGGCUUUAGCCUAUCUGAAGAUACAGAAGUGGGAUAAAGCUUUGUUUGACUGUCGAGUUGUCCUGGACAAUGAGCCUAAUAAUAUCAAAGCAUUACUCCGGCGGGGAUCAGCCUAUAAAGGAAAGAAAGAUUAUGAAAAGGCCCGAGCUGACUUCCAGCAAGCUCUGGACCUAGAGCCUGCUAAUAAGCGGGCAGAGGAAUUACUGGAAGAAUUGAGUGUGAUAAAAGAAGAAAAGGAAGAAGAGAAAAGAAAAAGGAAAGAAAAGGGACGGAGAAUGGUGAUUGAGGAAGUUGAAGGAGAGGAAGAAGACAGUGUCAAUAAGUCACAAGAUCAGACCCAUGGUCAAAUGAAUGGACAUUCAUCUACAGAAGAAUUGAGUGGUGAUACAGAGGAAUCGGAUGUAAGGGUUGGUGGUGACCAACUGUCAAACGGUGGAGACAGCAAAGUGAUGGAUUCUGUGAUUGAGGAAAAGGGAGACAACUUAGGUGGUGUGUCUACAGAGUGUGACAGACUGCAGUCACCUAUAGGGUCAGAUGUGACGGAGCAGGAAAAAGAAGAGAAAGUGACAAGCAAGUCUGAUCAGAAAACUAGUGAUAAGUGUGAAAAUGGUACUGAUCCAGAUGUUGAGUUAAACCAACAGAGUGAUGAAAGGACUAGUCCGGGGGGUACUGAUGACACCACACAAAGUAUACAGUCACCAAGAGAUUCUGCAUCUUCUAAAAAGGACAAUACAGUAGAGGAUGGGGAGGCAAACAAUGACACAAAGACAACUGAAGAGGUAGGCGAUGGAGGGGCAGACAGAGGGACAAAGACAACUGAAGAGGUAGGCGAUGGAGAGGCAGACAGAGGGACAAAGACAACUGAAGGGGUAGGUGAUGAAGAGGCAGACAGUGGGACAAAAAUAACUGAAGGGGUAGGCGAUGGAGAGGCAGACAGUGGGACAAAAAUAACUGAAGGGGUAGGCGAUGGAGAGGCAGACAGUGGGACAAAGGCUUCAGAAGAAGUGACAGAAAAAGUACCAGAGAGGCCAUCUCUCGUACAGGCUGAGCUGCCCUCUACAGUUGCUCAGCUACGUGAAUCAGGAAAUAAUCUGUUCCGCAAUGGGCAGUAUGGUGAUGCUCUGGGAAAAUAUAAGUCUGCCAUAGACAUAUUAGACAAAGGUAAGUCAGAUCAGGUAGUAAACCUGUCCUUGCUGUACAGCAACCGUGCAGCGUGUGAGCUGAAGGUGGGGAACUGUUCAGCCUGUAUCAAAGACUGUGGGAAAGCUCUAGAUCUUGUCCCUCACUCCAUCAAACCACUUCUUCGCCGCGGCAGUGCCUACGAGACACUGGAGAGAUACCGGGAGGCGUAUGUGGACUACAGACAUGUUCUAACAGUAGAUCCGUCAGUAGAAUCAGCUUUUACUGGAUCAUCUAGAUGUCAGAAUGUUUUAAGGCAAACAGAUGGCAUGAGAUGGCGGGAAAAAUUACCUCCCUUGAAGUCUGUUUCUCCUUGGGAGAUUCCUUUGAUUGUUGAUACCUUUGGUAACCCAGUCACCAGAUCUGUGACUACACCUACUGCUCCUAGCGUUCCCAUAGCAACAGCCAAUGAAGAAGCAGCUACAAAAUCUGAGGGUACAACAUCACCUUUACCUUCAUCUUCAUCGUCUUCGGAAACGGAACUUACAGCUGAGCAGAAAUUUGAAAAUGCAAAAUCAGAAGGCAAUAAAUGUGUUCAGAAGGGAGACUUUUUAAAGGCCAUAGACUGGUAUACUGAGUGUGUUACUCUGAUGCCAGACAGAGCUGUUGGGUAUACCAAUAGAGCACUGUGUUACCUUCGACGUAAUCAGCCCUCCAGUGCAGAGACUGACUGCGAUAAAGCAUUGGAGAUGGAAGCGGACAACAUCAAGGCGAUGUUCCGACGUAGUCAGGCACGCAAGAUGAUGAAGAAGUACAAAGACAGCCUGGAGGAUCUAACACACUUGCUCAAAAUUGACCCCAAGAACGCUGCAGCAAAGAAGGAGAUGACUUUAGUGAAAAAUUACUAUAGAGAGGAACUUCAAAAAAUGAAAGACAAUUUGGGUUCAUCCUCGAAGACUGGUACAGCCAAAGGUGAAGGUAAACAGAGGAAGAGGAUGGUGAUACAGGAAACAGAGUCAGACGAGGAGGAGGAGGAGACUUCAAAGGUCAAAGUCUCAGGUGUGAAGAGUUCUGAAAAGUCUAGUCCAAAAGAGAAAGUCUCGAGCAAGGCUCCAACAGCUUCACCAAAGAAACCAGAGACAAAAACAGAAAAGAAAGGAAAGAAGAUAGUUAUAGAGGAGAUACAAUCAACAGAUAAAGACUCGGACAGACAGAAAGCUCCAGAAAAGUCUAAGACGUCACAGAAAUCUGAAAAGAAACCUACCCAAAGUAAAAACAUAAAAUCAACCAGUACAGGACUACCUGUGGUGCCACCUAGUGCUCCGAAACUCGACAAGGCUACACCGUAUGAGUUCAUUCAGGCAUGGAACUCACUGAAAAAGGUGGACGACCUUCAGCCCUAUGCAGAUGUACUGAAGCAGAUCACUCCAGCUGAGUUACCUAAAGUUAUCAGUAACAAGCUCGAUGGUCCUAUGCUCACAACCAUUAUAAAGUGUUUGGAGUCCAAGUUCAAAGACUCAGGUGAGCUUGAAACAGCAUACAGCAUAUUGACAAACUUGUCCAAGGUUCAGAGAUUCCAGACCAUAUCUAUGUUUAUGUCAAAGUCGGAAAAGUCAGUGGUUGAACGUGUACUGACAAGACUACAGAAUCAGAAAUCUGAUGUGUAUGAUCAAUCGGACCUGAACAAGUUAAAGAAAUGCUACGAUAUCAGAUGAUGAAUUCUAUCGUAAUGAUGGAGUUUUGGUUCAGCAUUCUGUUAUUGGACUAGAUAUAUUGAUGUUUGAGUUCCUGUCGUCACUGGAUGUCAAAAGUGGAGAUCAUUAAAUGUUACACUGUUCAUCAUCACCAUAGAUAGACUGGAACUGUUGUAAGGUUUUAUCCAGGCCAUAUACGAGAGUAAGAGUGCUAUUCUUCAUUUGAUCAUAACCAUGAGAAGUUUCCUGGGUGUGGAUUGUUCUAUAAGUGUGUCAGCAAUGAAAAUACCUGUGUUACCAACUUCAUCAGAGGAUUAUCAUACAUGUAGUGGAGUAUCUGAAAUAAUAGACAUAAAUUACUCCUGUUUUCUGUGUCACCAAAGACAAAAAGUCACAAAGACAUGACUUUGGCAUCCGACUAUGCUGUUGAUUUUUCAACCGCAAUGUCAUCAAUGACUCAUUAUCAAUAUUUGACUUUAAAUUGACGUUUUGUGCUAGUUAGAUGUGUUGCUCAAAUGUGGAAAAGUUUGUAUUUAACUGAACUUGAUAUAAUUAUGUACAAUCUUGUAGUUGGAUCACAUAGUGGACAUCUCAACACACCCAUCAUUUGUAGAAUACAUCACAUCUGAUUGUCCAGGGGCUCUGUCAAUUAGGGAUGCUGGAACACUGGACUUUAAAAGUUUCUUGGAAAGUACAAGUGCUCUGCCAACCAAAUCUGGUAUAUGUAUAUACACAUAUGUACAUUUUACUAUUGGCAUGACAAAGCACUAAUUAAGUUCAUUUUUUUUUUUUUUUUAAUUGUUUAAUGUCCUUUUGAAACAUGUACUGGAUAUAUUAGAUACAUGUCCUUAUCGCUUCUCAAGAAUAGUAUUAUUUUUGACUGAAAAAAUAUCCAACUUACCCAGUACCCAGCAGGUGAAUUUUGAGAAUUAUUGAUAUUGCAAAAAUUGGCACUUGUAUUGGGUUUUUUGCAAUGCAUCUAUAUUUAAACACAAUUAUUAUGUAUAUGAGAUGUUCGUUUACUGUUACUUAAAUACAGUUAAAAGAACAACCCCCCUCCCCCCGGUACAUAAAUAAAUUCUAGUGAAUUUUAGGAUUGACUCGGCAUAAUUUAGUGUUACUCUGGUCAGAGAAUUAAUUUUUACUUAUUUGUAUUCAUUAAAAGAGACAAAAACAAAAUAAUGAAGAAUCAUUUUCAUCAAAGUAUAUCAACAUAAAUUCAUGGCAAUGUUGACAUACAACACUGCAUAGACUGGACCCUGUAUAGCCAUCUAUUUCAAUCCAAGUAUUAUACUAUAUAUAACAUAUACUAUUUACAGAAUGGGAGUGCAACUGUGCUCAACAUUUGAACCUUUUGUCAAAUUGUUCAUUACCGAAUGUUUAUAAGAAACAAUACACUCGUGGAAAAAUUUUAAAACCCAAUUUUCACAAAUGUUUAAAUUAAUUCCUCUGUUUAAAGAACAUAAUUGGAGUAUUUUAUAUUGAGAGUAUGGUAAGUUCACUGUGACUGUCAAGUGUGUACAAUUGUACGGUAUGGUAAGUUCACUGUGACUGUCAAGUGUGUACAAUUGUACAGUGUGGUAAGUUCACAGUGACUGUCAAGUGUGUACGAUUGUACAGUGUGGUAUGUUUACAGUGACUGUCAAGUGUUUACAAUUGUAUGAUGUGGUAAGUUCACAGUGACUAUCAAGUGUGUACAAUUGUACGGUGUGGUCAGUUCACAGUGACUAUCAAGUGUGUACAAUUGUAUUGUAUGUUCACAAUAUUCAGUGUACAACAGUAAUUGUAUAGUGGUAUAAAGCUUGUUAUCUUCCUAUUGAGUUAGGAUUAAUUAUGUUUUGCGACUAUAGCACCGUUUGGUCAUGUGACCACUUUUGUGACAUCACAUACCUCAUUAACUUUCUGUGUUACAACAUUGUAGCAGGAUGAAGUAGUGAGAAAUAAAGCACAACUGUUGUAAUGAUGUGGUAUUAUAUACUUAUAUAAUUAUAUAUAUAUAUAUAUAUAUGAAUAUGAGGAACAAAGGUUUCCACAAAUGUUGUUAUAGCUCAGCUGUUACAUCAAUUGCUGACAAAUUCUUGAAGCCCUAAUUGUCAUAGUCAGAAAUAGCAAUGUGUGUUAUAGGACUGUAACAGCAAUUGUGAAUUUUGUGUGUGAGAAUGAGGUUGUCAUGUGUGUUGUUGUUUCUGCUGUAUGCUUCAAUAGAUGUGAAUGAGAAUGACAUAACAUGCAGUAUUUAUUUUAAAAGUUAGUGCAGCAAGACACAGAUACAGUUCUCUGCUAUAUAAAAAGAAUAUUGCAUAAUUUUUACUGAUCAAUAUUUCAAAAAAUGUUUUCACAAGUGAAAGAUGUUAGAGUUGUGUGUUGUUCAAGUUGACAUCAUGCACACAUGACACCUGACAUUUGGUGUCAAAUUGACAUCAUGAACAAAUUAAGUAUCAUGUGACUUUUGGUGUCAAAUUCACAUCAUGAGCAUGUUAAGUGUCAUGUGACAUUUGGUGUCAAAUUGUCAUGCAUGAGUUCAGUGUCACGUGACAUUUGGUGACACGUGACGCAUUUCUAAUGUCACAUCAAACAGAUGUCACACCUGAUAUCAAUAAAUAGGUGUCAUAUUUAACGAGGCCAUAAUUAAACGAACCCAACGGACAUUGUGUUUGAUAGGUCAACUGUAUGAUGCAGAAAAAUACAUUGUGUUUGACGAAGAUAUGUAUGUCAGUAAAUGGACAAAAUGUUUUAAAAUGAUUGAUAUACACAGAUUUGUUUUCUUACAUUAAAGAGUCAUUAAUUGUAUUUGAUGUCCAACCAAAAUGUUCAGCCUGGCAAAACAUACGUAUAUUAAAGUGAUUUAAUAUUU